AUGAGGACUUGGAAAACUGUUGCUGAAGAAAAGAGAAAACAAAUUGGAGAAUCAAUUCCAGCGAAAUGGAGAGUAAAGGAUAUCACAGCAGCCAUGCUGAAAGAUGGCUAUACGAAUACUAAAGAAUAUAUCGAUAGUUUACUGUCUCGACAGGAAUUAGCAAUUACUAACAUGACUGCAACCGAACUCUCUCAAAGAAUAGCCGGUGGUGAGCUGUCCUCAUGGGACGUAUGCUAUGCAUUUUGCCAUAGGGCAGCACUUGCUCAUCAAAUACUCAAUUGCUGUGUCGAAAUAUUUUUUGACCAGGCAUUACAGAGAGCAAAAGAGUUGGAUGAUUACCUAUCGACACAUGGCACUACGGUCGGCUCUCUUCACGGAGUUCCCAUCUCACUUAAAGAUCAAGUGAAUUUGCCUGGUAUUGAUACUACCAUUGGAUAUGUUGGUUAUGUCGGGCAGGAAGUUAAGACCAAGUCUUUGCUUGCUCAGGUUUUGGAGGAUAAGGGUGCCGUCUUUUAUGUAAAGACUGCUGUCCCCAUGGCCAUGAUGGCACCGGAAACUCAAUCAAAUUUACUUGGUACUACAUUGAAUAGUAUUAACAUAGCAUUCUCCAGUGGUGGAAGCUCUGGAGGUGAAGGUGCAUUAAUCGGCGCUCAUGGGUCUAUUCUAGGUGUAGGUACAGAUAUUGGUGGAAGUAUUAGAAUUCCUGCUUCUUUUCAGGGCCUAUACGGUUUGAGGCCUUCUCACGGAAGGAUUCCUUAUAUGGGUAUCGCCAAUUCAUACAAAGGGCAAGAGGUUAUUCCAUCGGUUAUAGGACCAUUGGCAACUUCUUUAGAAGAUAUUGUGUUGUUUACCAAAUCCGUUAUCGAAUCAAACACCUGGGAGCGGGAUCCUAAGGUAGUUCCGAUCCCUUGGCGUGACACAUCAUAUUUGAAACAUCAAACUUUGCGUUUUGCAGUUAUGUGGUGGGAUGGAUCUAUCAUGGUUCAUCCUCCUAUAUCAAGAGCUCUUCAAAUGGUUGUUCGAGCGGUUGAAAAAGGGUCCCACGAAGUCAUUGAUUGGAAUUUCGAGCACCAUGCAGACGUCCUUGAUCUAGCAACAGAAACAUUCUCAGCAGAUCAUGGUCAAGAAAUUAAAGAUAUAUGCGCUUUAAGUGGUGAGCCUGUGGCGGAUUGUGUAAAAUCACUGGUGGAUUAUAACCCUAUGGAGCGACCUAUCUCUGUGGAAAAGUGGUGGAAAAUUGGGGAGCGUAAAUCAGAAUUAAGGGAAAAGUUCCUGAGUUACUGGGCCCACACUUCAACAAAGACAACGGAUGGUAAGCCAAUCGACGCAUUAAUCUGUCCCGUAUGGCCAACAGCUGGCUUCAAAAAAAAUGACGGAAAGUGUAUUGCAUUGAACUAUACAACUCCCUUCAAUGUUAUUGAUUGCGCUAGUGUCGUUUUCCCAGUCACAACCGUUGAUAAAAAUAUUGACAAGGUAGACAACGAAUAUAUUCCGGUCAGUGAACUCGAUAAGAAACUUAAAAAUUAUUACGAUCCUAACGAGUUUGAUAAGAUGCCUGUUUGUGUUCAGAUAGUUUGUCCAAAAUUUGAGGAAGAGAAGGUACUUGAAAUAUCGUCAAUCAUUAAGGAUUUAUUAGCUUAG